CAUCUACCGGCGUCUGGUGGCGCGGCGCGGCCAGAUCCUGCGCAGCCUCGCUCCCUGUCGGUACGGCCGUAAAACGCGUCUCUCUGCAAACUAGUACCACUACGCGCGCGUGUGUGUGUGAUUUUUAUUUUUCGUGUUUCUCCGCCUGCAGACGCAUCAGCUGGCUGGCCGCUGGCCAAUUGCCUCCUCAACAUGAGCCCCUCCGCUGUCUUCUGGGACGCCCACAGCCCGGACUCAAGUCCUGCCAUGUACUCGCCGGCGAGUGUGUACCCAAGCCACCCCAACGAGUGGAGCAAGGAGUAUGUGUCGCAGUGGCUGCAGCGCCUGCUGGGACCCAGCAGGACCGUCGGGGAGGUCCAGCGCAUCAUCCGGCAGCUGGGGCAGCCGUGCGGGAGGGCGCUCCUAACCCUGGGCAUCAAGGAGAUCACGCAGCGGGUCGUGGACGCCGAGGUCGGCUGUCUCAUCCACGACGCGCUCCACGAGGAGCUCGGCUCGUUCCUCGGCUCGGGCAACCUGGGCCAGGACUUCCUCGACCUGGACAAUGCCGAUUCCAACCAGCGGGUCCCUAAAGCCGAAUGGCUCUCCUUGCAAAGCAGCGACGAACUUUACAGCAGCAACUUUGCAGCGCUGUCGCCUCCAGCGGAACCCCGCAUCCCACACCUCUACCCUGACUUCGGCGAACUAUGUGGCAUCCCGACUCCGCCGGGCUCGGACGCCGGCAACCAGGAGGUCCCGGAGUGUCCCAUCCCGGACGUCGCCGCGUCCCCGGGCCUCGCGGCGGUCGCACCCCUACCGGCCAGCCCCGAGCGACGUCGCGGCGGCCGCCCCAAGAGGCACCUCGGCGUGGCACCGCCGGCCAGGGUGCGGCGUCGCAGCGGCUCCGGGGACGGGCAGCCGGGCAAGCGCCUGUGGCAGUUCAUCCUGGGCCUGCUGAGGAACCCCAACCACAAGUCCAUCAUUCGCUGGGAGGACGAGGAGGACGGCGUCUUCUCUUUCGUGGACGGCUCGAAGGUGGCCGAGCUUUGGGGACGGGAGAAGGUCCGCGAGAAAGACAUGGACUACGAGAAGAUGACCAGAACCAUGAGAACCUACAAAAACGGCGCUUUCAUCCGACACCCCCGUCGUUUGUUUUACAAGUUCGGGCCCAAGGCCAACUGGCGAGAAACAAAGGCACCCAGCGUUGAUGUUCGCUCUACCGCUUAAACGGAACAAAAGAGUUAGCAAAACUAGCUAAAUUCGUUUGCUAGUAUGGCCUUGGAUCACAAUAUUAGCUUGCUGAGGUAAUUCUUAGCCAAGAGAGCUAACAUAUUAGCUAUCAUAGCUGGUAGCUUCAUUUUAUAGACACCAAUUAUGGCUAAUUUUUUUAGCUCUCCUAGCUAAUAUUCUUAUCCAAGGCCAUAUUGGCGAAUCCAUAAGCUAAUUGAGCGAAUUAUUAUUAUUAUUUUGCGGCGUGCCUAGCGGUGCACACUGACCGGGUUGUACCCCGACGUGCGGGACUUCGACUGAUCAAUUUGUUCAUAUCUGUAGCACAGACUUUGUAUAUUUUGUUUUUUAUUCUAUGUAUUCCUACUUUCAUCUUAAGAUUUUUUUAUUUUUUUAAAUUUUAGUGCGAUGCCAAAACAAGUGAAUUUGAUGAAACAUGUUGAUGUACGCUGAAGUCAUGUUACAAUAUCUCCUCCCAGUAUUCUUAGUAUAACCUAUUGCAAGUCUCAAAUACUUGCUUUAUUUACUAUGCUAACUGUAUUUUUGUAUUUUUCUUUAUGAAACUUGUUGUGCAAUGUCUAAAUGUACUACGUGCUAAUAUGGUGAAUUUAGUCUCCGUCAGGCGAGUCGCCUCACGAGACUAAAUCAACCAAAAGGUUCGUGUUUGUAACUAGUUUUAAAGUCGGGUUAAAAGUGCGUGAAUUUCGUGUACCUGUAUAUAAUUCCGUGAUUAGGAAGAUUUCUCAAAAUCAGGGGCGAGAUCUGAGGAGUUGUCGGAUUAAAUCGCCCCCUAGGUUAGGUAGGCAAUUUGUCGUACAAUUAUUCACUCCAUUAAUUUGCCCACAUUUUUUCUAAAACAAAUGAAAUUUUAAUGAAAGUCGAAGGUGCAAUCUGAAGUUCUAUAACUUGAAUUUCGUGCGCAUGACCGGCAUAGGUGAGCGGGCGUUUCACUGGAAAAGCAAAGGUGUUAACUCCUACCUUUAAAAGGCACUAAGGGUUUAGUGCCUUUACAAACGCACUAAAACUGCCAAAGGAACUACUUGACACCUCUUGGGCAAUUUAGUACCCUGUUUAGUGUCUUUGUGAGGCACUAAACUGAAAAUGUGUUGAGUGCCCCAAGAAAGGCACUACGUAGCACCUUUGUUUUGCCAGUGAUGUCACGUGUCAUGCGUGAGACUUAGUUAAUCUUGAUUUAAAAAUAAAUAAAUAAUAAUAAAUAAACAUCCGAUGAAACGAGUAACGAAGUAACGGCGUUCGAAACGAUAACGCGUUACAUUUGUUUGUGUAAGGCAAUAACGGUAACGGUUACCGAGACAGGGUGACGAGUAACGUGCAACAUUUUAAAAGUAACGUUAACAACCCUGCCUCCGACCCUAGUGUGAGAAAUAGAAACGUUGGUUAAACUGAGAAUCGACGUCCAAAUAUCGAAAAGAUGUGGAUUCUGGUGACAAAAUGAAAUUUAUUCGACGAUUUCGACUUCGAAUCGACGUUGAAGAAAAUUCAUUUCUCACUCGGGACGCCCUAGCUGAUUGAUGGUAAUUUUCUUUGCAGCCCCUAAACCAACACCUUCCUAGACUGUUCAUGACCGCCGAAUCGACUCUGCUGACAUGUAGUUAUUUUUAACGUUCUAAUUAUAGGAUUUGUAAUUGUAAUAAAUCGACUGGUUUUAUAAUUUUUAUUACCUAGCAAAUAUACACAUAAAUGUGAAUGCA